AGAGAGUCGAUGGAACGCGAAGACCGCGCGCGUCAUGGCGGCUAAUGUCAGCGCCGUCAAUACAUCUGAGUGUUUUGGCGCUGGUGAAAUGAAUCUUUACUUUGCUCUGCGAAAAUCUCAAUCACUGCGAUAUAAUGCAACGAUCUAAGAACCCGACAAGAAACUUUACUCGAGUGUCCCGAUAAAAAAAUCGGUCUUCAAGGAAACGAUUUGUCGUUAACGCGUGUGUCAAUAGAAAAGUGUCAAUGUUACCAAGAUUCACAAAAGACAGUGGAGGACUCGAUGUAGUCGGUGAUUACACUGACACGUUAACGUUAAAUGUUUUCGAACGUAAGAUCGAGUGGAUCGGUGACAGCGAUGUGUCUCAACGUAUCCGGAUUACGUAUGCGCGUCCCGUUUCGACAGAAGGUGGAGUCUUGGUACAAGGAAAAACGAGGAACAGAGCUUCGUGGCUCUCGUCAGUCGGCUACAGGGUUCAAUCGCGUAGUUGACGUGAGACAAAAUUAUCGUUAGAACCACGGUAAACGGUAAGAAGCAGCACACAUCGGACACAACGUUGAACGGCUGGUUCAUUAAGGACGGUCAAAGGCGUGAAUGCAUUGCAAAGGGCGAACACGUUGUCGUCGUCGCCGUCGUCGUCGUCGUCGCCGUCGCCGUAAGCCGUGACCUGGCUGUGAAAAUGAUAAAUAUAGCAAUGGCUGAUAAUGACAGUAGCGCGCAACGCUCUACGUAAAGUCUGCGUGGAGCAUGCCGCGAAGACUUCCGUUAUGCCGUUGGCUCCAUACGAGGAUACCCGGUCGCGAGGAAUACUGGUGGAUCGCGGUAGAACGCGGCGACCGGUAAGGAAGUCAAACAAAGGACAAGAGGGUGCCGUCACCGGUUCGGGGCCGGCACGUUAAAUCGCGGUGACCUAAUAAGCCUUCGCCCUGGAAAAUGAACUCCAUGCUAUAUACUCUGUACGGGUUCGCGAUAUUUUUCAUGAUAUUCUGGUCGGGCAUGUGGGUGGUGCACGUGUUGGCGUUGAUCGCGGGCCGUUGGAAAUUACAUCGCAAAGUAAACCAAGCACCCAGCUAUGAAACACCCUUACCAGGUGUUUCCGUAAUAAAACCUUUGAUGGGGGUCGAUCCAAACCUCUUCGGCAACCUCGAAACCUUCUUCAUGAUGGAGUAUUCUCGAUACGAACUUCUAUUUUGCGUGGAAGAUGAUUCGGAUCCCGUAUUGAUGUUGGUGCGCAAACUGAUCGAAAAAUAUCCGGAAGUUGAGGCGAGACUUUUCGUCGGUGGUUGUAACGUAGGAGUGAAUCCAAAGAUCAACAACAUGCAGCCAGCCUAUGAGGCUGCCAAAUACGAACUUGUGCUGAUAAGCGACAGUGGUAUACGCAUGAAGGAAGACACUUUGUUGGAUAUGGUGAAUUAUAUGACAGACAAAGUAGCUUUGGUUCACCAGAUGCCGUUUACCUGUGAUCGAGAGGGUUUCGCCGCUGCCUACGAGAAAAUCUUUUUUGGUACUGUGCAAUCGCGAAUGUAUCUCGCCGCGGAUUUGCUUAGGAUAAACUGCCAUACAGGAAUGUCGGCUUUAUUGAGAAAGUCCACAUUGGACGAGGUCGGCGGUUUGAAAGCGUUCGGCAUCUAUCUCGCAGAAGACUUUUUCUACGCUAAAUCGCUAACCGAUCGCGGUUGGCGCAUCACUGUGUCCUCGCAGCCGGCGCUUCAGAAUAGCGGCCACUGCGAGUUGGAUACCUUUCGAGCGAGAUUACGACGAUGGGCUAAGCUGAGAGUGGCGAUGUUACCUACCACAAUCGUUUUGGAACCACUGAGCGAAUGUCUCGUCCUGGGUGGUUGUGCUUCUUGGGCAGCUAGUGUGCUAUUCGAGUGGGACUCUCUAGUUUUUUACUUGGUACACAUACUUUUGUGGUUUAUGUUCGAUUGGACGUUAUUGUGUAUUGUGCAGAAUGGCCCGCUACCAUUCAACAAACUUGAAUUUGUGUGCGGUUGGUUACUCAGCGAGACCACGAGACCGUAUCUUUUCCUUCAGGCUGUCUUAGAUCCUCUUAUACAGUGGCGAUCACGUGUUUAUAAGCUCAAGUGGGGCGGCGUCGCGGAGGAGGUUAAAGCGAAAGUCAAAUAUUAAGAAUUAAGCGUAUGCUUUCGUGCGUGCAUUCGUGUGUGCAAUUAGAGAUAAACAAGAAAUAGAGAUAACAGUCUUCUUAACUGAUUUACUUAUCAAUAUGCGUAAUCAUACAAGGUACUUUAGUCAUCCCGCAUUUGAACUUACCUUUUGUUACUGAUAGCGCGGAACUAGAUCGAUUUGAAGUAAUAAGAUUUUUGCGAAUUCAAUUCAAACAGAGGAACGUUAAUAAGACGUUUCGUUGUGUUUUUUAUGAAUUUCGAUAAUAUUUUUUUUUAUGACACUUAAUUGACCAAAUUUAAAUAUUUACUAUUUAAGCUCGACAGGUUUUUAAAGAAUAUUGUAUUUAAUACAAUUUUUAUAACAAUAUAGGAUUGGCUCGAAAUUUUGCAGGAAAUUUACACAAGUUGCGAAAGUGUGCGAUAUUUAGAAUACCUUGUAUAUUUAUGCGCCAAACGUGAUUAUUGAUGCGUUUUAGACUUAUUAUGUAGAAUGAUUUGACCAGCUUUGUUGAUUUGAGUAAUUCCUUAAUUUUACAUAAUAUGGAAUUAUUAACAAAUACGGUGAAUUGAUAAUUACAUUAUCGUAAAUCCUCAUUAAUAAACUUCGUUAAUAACAAAUUUUUCAAUAUAAAUUUAAGGGUAAAUUUCUUUUAGCAUUGCCAAAUAUAUAUAUAUAUAUAUAUAUAUGUAUACAUAGGAUGUCUAAGGAUUCGUCUCCACAAUGUUUGUGAGAACGUAGAAUGGAUUGAGGUAAACAUAAAAGUCCCAUAUCGAUAUUCGCAAUAAAUAUCGAGGUUAAUUAAAGAAAAUUGGUGAAUAAUCAUGCGCGAUAUGGUAGAUGAGCUGUAGUAGUGAUGU